AUGGGCGCUCGAAGCCGAGACCAAUGGGUGGUCCUCGAUUUGCUCCACAAAGAUCAAGUGCUGGCCACUUCGUUGUACUCAUGCAUUCCGGGGUUCGAGAAAGUGGUGAAAGGGAUGAAAGGAAGGUUUACGAUGACCAAUGGGAGGGAGGAAGAAGCCGAAAUCUUGGAGGUUUGUGAUCAACGGACGGCCAAACAAAUUGUCGAAUUUAUGAAUGGUUAUAUCAAAAGGAGGGCGCAGAGAGCGGUGGAGUUGGAGAAUGAGGCUAUUGAUAUGGCAAAGUGAGUUUUUUUGGGAGGCUUUUUGAGGGUUUUCAAAAGUAUCAUGGAGGUUUUUGGAUACUUUUUUUGAGGAGAAAAAUGUUUUUUUUUUUAAAUUUGAUGAAGAUUUGGUCUGAAUUUUUCGAAUUGGUCAGAAAAUGAUAUGGAUACCUUUUAAUACCUUUUUAAGGUAUCCCGGAUCACUUUUGAAGACUUUUGAUGUUUUUUGUUUUUUUCUUAUUUUUUUAUGUUUUUCUUUGUUUUAUGGAAAAUCUUAAAUUUUUUUUGUGAAAGUAUCAUGGAUCACUUUUAAAAACCUCAAAAGGUAUCACUUAUUUUUUCACUAUUUUUAGGAUAUGUAUACAAUUUUCAGCAAUUUACCUCAGAUUCUUACAAUUUUUUCGUUUUUCAGCCGACCCGCCGGCUUGGCCACAAAAUUCAUCAGUUCCGGCCGAAUCGACGAAUACAACGAACGCUUCGACCUGAUCGAACAACUCCUAAAAGACGAAACCGAGAAAAACGAGCGCUUCCGCACACAAAUGCAAGAGCAAUUCGCGUUGUACAGAAUCGAAUUGGACCGAAUCAAAGCGCUUCCCGGAAAUGAGAAGUUGGUCGGGAAAAAAGUGCCGCUUUUCCGCUUUGUUGAGCGCGACAUUGUAGACGCCCUGUUCAAACAGUCCGGCUCAGAUCACUCCAAAUUCUUCCCUCUUGCGUUUUACGCCAUGUUCAGCGAGAAGGAACGACAAGGCGGAGUCAGGCUGUUGCCUCAGGAGAAGUUAUUGGAAUUUGAACAAGUGCUGAGGUUUUAUUAUCCCCAAGAGACGCCGGAAGCCGAUGAGGAACUGUGGAAAUUGUACAAGAAGAAGAUGAGCAGAUACGCGUCGAAUCAUGUAGGUGGUUUUUUGGGAGGGAUCACUUUUGAUACUUUUGAAAGGGAUCAUGGAUACCUUAUGAUCACUUUUGAUUGUGAAACAAUAUUGGAGUUUUUGUUGAAAAGUCGUAAAGAUAGCCUAUUUUUAGUGGAUAACUUUUGAGUGUUUUAAAAUGCCUCAUGGAUAACUUUUGAUACUUUUGAAAGUGAUCAUGGAUACUUUUUGAUCAUUUUUGAAAAAAUAUUUUAUUUUUUGUUGAAGAAUUAUGAAAACAGCAAAAAUUUUUUGUGGAUACCUUUUGAGUAAUGUAAAAAGUAUCAUGGAUAACUUUUGAUACUUUUCCCAAAUUUGGCCACUAGGUUCAAUUUUUUGUUUUUUUUUUGUUUGUUAAACGACACUUAUUGACACAUUACAGGUCAUUUUCAAAAAGUAUCAAAAGGUAUCCUUGAGCAUUUUAAAAACCUUCAAAAUCGAUCAAAAUAAAAAAAUUUCAUAGGCUUUUUUGUUGUUUUAUUACUGAUUCUAACCCAAUUUUUCAGCGUCGAGUCCGCAGAAAACCACAGCCAAACCCCUCGAUUGCCUCGAUUCAGCAUCUCAUCCUUGACGCAGAUGAUGGCCCAUUUGACAACAGUCGCGACAGUUCGAGCUCCUCAAUGUCGCCGUCGAGAGAAGUCGGAACGAGCGAAUUGAUCCCCAGCGAUAUCUUACAAUCUCUUAUUAAACAUGAACCAGAGUUUUAA